AUGGGAAACGCGUUGAAGAAGCCAUCACCACCAACGGCGGUCACAUACAGUAGCAGUAGUGAUGAUACUCCUAUGGAGAGCGAUGGAGCUGACAUCAGCAUCCGAAUAAUACCAGAUGACGAUGAUGCGUCAAAUCAUAAGAAUGAUCAUCGCUCUCUUGCUUCUUCUAAACAACACAAACCCAUGCAUACAAGCUUAUCAACAAGCGCAUUAUCCUCUUUGGUUCCCAGCAUUCAUCGCAAUAACUCUACACCACCCUCCUUGUCGACCGAGUCUCGUACUCGUGCUACCAAAUCUCUUUCUUUACGAUCCAUAUCUGUCAAGAGCUGGGCGCAUAACCAUGAUCGAUAUGAAAGCGGAGCAAGUACAAGUAUACCAUCUCCAACCACCACCCACGAUAGCAUUGUCAGUAAUCCCAGUCGUUCAGCUAUGGACAUACUCUCGGAUGCUCUAAAGGUGGCACAAUUGGAAAAUGACCGGAAACCCACUUUUGAUAUAGGCGAUGACUCUUUGCCAAAGCAUGAUUUCUUAGAAGAGUAUCAUGAAACUAUGGAAAUUGACGAGAUGAGCGAAGCAGACAUUGAGCAGAGGCGAUAUUAUCUUUUUCAGCGAGUGUGGCGUCAACCUUUCCAAUCACCUAUUGAACACCCUGAAUUCAUUAUCCAUUGGGCAUGUGGGGCAGGUCCUUGGGAAAACAGAGUGGUGCAAGAAUAUCCUCAAUGUAGAGUGGUGGACAUCGACUACAAGCCGCCUAUGAUGCUGAAUGCUACGCCAAGUCCUCGAAUCGAAUACCGGCAGCUAUCAAUAGCAAAUCGAACCAAAGAUCAUGGUCUCGCGGAUUACCAAGACAACACUGUGGACUUGAUUUUAUUGCGAAAUAUCUGGCUUUUAGGUGCAGAUACCUCUCAAUGGCGAGAAAUCCUAAGACAUGCCUUUCGUAUAUUGAAACCAGGUGGUUGGAUCGAAUUAUAUGAUCAAGAUCGCCCUGUUGUCGUAUCAUCCGGUGAUCCCCGUGACAGCAAAAAUAUAUACAAACUCGAAGGAUGGCGAUCCACUGCUCGAACCGUUUUAUCCGUGGAAUGGGUGGAUGUGCCACAAAUCAAAUCGCUUAUGCUUCAAGCAGGGUUCACCCAAAUCAAUGACCAGAGUGUAGAUCUUCCAGUAGGCGAAUGGCCACGUACACCAGAUUUGAAAGAAACAGGGUACCUUGUCAAGGACCUUCGAAGAAGACAUGCCAAGCAUUUGAAACGGUGGAUAUGCGAAGCUAAUCAUAUAUCGGAGAGCGAGUUUAAUGAUGUUUUGAAUAAUGCACAAGCAGAAGUAGAAGUAUGUAAAGGUCACACCAGCUGGCUAUGCAGCAAUGCCCAAAAACCACCUUAA